CCAUUCCGGAAAUGGGGCGGGGCUACUAGAGCGUCGGCGCACAGUGAACGGAAGUGGCUGUUGGAGACUUUAAGGUGGCUUUAAAUUUCUGCUGUCCGGGGAGCGCACCGUUUUUGUCUGGAGUCGGGCUUAGCGGCGCUGGAUGGCUUUGGACGUGAAGUCUCGGGCAAAGCGUUAUGAGAAGCUGGACUUCCUCGGGGAGGGACAGUUUGCCACGGUUUACAAGGCCAGAGAUAAGAACACCAACCAAAUCGUCGCCAUUAAGAAAUUUUUAUAUAAAGUAGUAAGAGAAUGUUCUUUAACCAGUAUAUCUGCGUAUUGUAUACCUGCUUUACAGGUUAUAAUAAAGGAUAAUAGUCUUGUGUUGACACCAUCACACAUCAAAGCCUACAUGUUGAUGACUCUUCAAGGGUUAGAAUAUUUACAUCAACAUUGGAUCCUACAUAGGGAUCUGAAACCAAACAACUUGUUGCUAGAUGAAAAUGGAGUUCUUAAACUGGCAGAUUUUGGCUUGGCCAAAUCAUUUGGGAGCCCCAAUAGAGCUUAUACACAUCAGGUUGUAACCAGGUGGUAUCGGGCUCCUGAGUUACUAUUUGGAGCUAGAAUGUAUGGUGUGGGGGUAGACAUGUGGGCCGUUGGCUGUAUAUUAGCGGAGUUGCUUCUAAGGGUUCCUUUUUUGCCAGGAGAUUCAGAUCUCGAUCAGCUAACAAGAAUAUUUGAAACUUUGGGCACACCAACUGAGGAACAGUGGCCUGACAUGUGCAGUCUUCCAGAUUAUGUGACAUUUAAGAGUUUCCCUGGAAUCCCAUUGCAACACAUCUUCAUUGCAGCAGGAGACGACUUGCUAGAUCUCAUACAAGGCUUAUUCUUAUUCAAUCCGUGUACUCGAAUUACAGCCACACAGGCAUUGAAAACUAAGUAUUUCAGUAAUCGGCCAGGGCCAACACCUGGAUGUCAACUGCCAAGACCAAAUUGCCCCGUGGAAACCUUAAAGGAGCAGUCACAUCCAGCUAUGGCAACAAAACGGAAAAGAACAGAGGCCUUGGAACAAGGAGGAUUGCCCAAGAAGCUAAUUUUUUAGUAAAAAAGAACACUGGAAAAUAUUUUACUACUGAAGGAAAUAGUACAAAAGGCAUAUAAUGGAAAAAUAAUAAACAUUAAGUAAAUGCUGUAGAAGGUAUUUGUACAUAUUCUACACAUGUAAAAUAUGUAAAACUGUGGGUUAUUUUUAUUAAAUGUAUUUUAAAAUAAAAUUUAAUUCUGGUUUUUCU